GAUAGAGAGAGAGAGAGAGAGUAUGAGAGAGUAUGAGAGUAAGGAUUUGAGCCUUUAAGAGAAGGUUUAGGUCUACCAACUGGUGGUUGACAGAUAAGGCUCCUUAACCACACAAGCGCCAACUCUCUCUUCAGAGAAGUUUGAGAAGCAACUGUAUCUUGGAUUAAAAGAGAGUUAAAACUAGGAAAGCAAAGAAGAGAGAGAGAGAAGCAGCAAGUAAGAAAGCUCCACCGUACUAUUCUUGAAUUGAGAAGAUGUCUCACGUGCAGGAUAGAAUGUUGGGCUUGAUGAUGAUGAUCAUUUGAUGAAGAGAGAGAAAAGGAUAGAUAGAAAGGAGAGAGGUGGUGAUUAGAAUACAGUUGAAAACGGAUUCCGGAGAGAAGGUGGAGGGAAAAAACAAUUGAAAUAGUGAUAAAGGUCGGAUUUUGGGUUGUUUUCAACUGGUGAUUUUGGUGUUUUUUUAUAAGGCCGAUGAAAAGGGCUCUUUUUUAAAUUUAUUUUGUAUUUUGGGAUCAGUUUGUCUCCAAACUGGGAUAUUUUUCUCAGCAGAUCGGCUGCGAGUAAUUCCUUUUUGCUCCCCAUAAGCAUAUAUUUUCUGUAAAAAGCAAACUUUUACGGAUUGGAUUGGAUGUUUAUGAUGAUUUAGUCAAGAUCCAGACUUUUCUAUUUUUUAUGCUCCCAAUUGGCUAAUCAUUAAGGAAGAUGAGAAAGAUGGCUACUUUCUACCCCAGUUCCACUAAUCAAAGGGAUGUCAUGGGAAAUCUCUAUUUGAGGGAUCCAACAGGGCAUGCCAUGUAUCCUGAAUCAGCAGUUAACGGUAAUAUGGUUUAUCUUAACAUCUCAUCUGGUCCAUACUCUGAGACAUUAGCAGGGAGCAUACAAUCCGAACAAAACUGCAUUGGAUUUACCGACUUAGUUGCAUCUCAGCUUGGUGAAAAUGCUUACAAUUCAUGGAGGGAUGGAAGGAAUGAGAUGCUCUUCCUGCAAGCAAACGGUGAAUCAAUGGCUGGUGAUGAUUCCCAGAUGGGUCUUCAGUCACAUUUGGGUAUUUUGAAUGAACAUAACUUGUCUUUACAGCACUCAAACAUUUCGAAUGUGCAAGGUCAAGGAUUGUCUCUUAGUCUUGGCAUGCAGAUUCCAGUUCCUUCUUUCAAGUAUCAGCCUAAUCAGUCUGAUGUAGCCAUCUUGAGUUCACAUCAAUCAAGUUCAGGAAAUGGCGAGGCAUAUAGAAAUGAUGACUCUAGAAGCAGAAUUCAGAAUAUCAAUGUUCCGUCUUAUGGGCUUUCCAACAUCACAAGUGCAAUUCCUAAUUCCAAGUACCUUAAAACUGCACAGCAGUUGCUUGAUGAAGUUGUUAAUGUUCAAAAGGCUUUAAAGAAGAAAACUGAUUGUACACAGAGUUUUAACACUUCUGGUAAACAGGCUUGUAAAGACAAUGAUGGAGAGUCAAAGAGUGGUGGGAGCCCAACGAAUCAUCCAGGGUCUACUGCAAACUCUUCUAGUGAGCUAUCACCAUCAGAAAGGCAGGAACUUCAGAGUAAAAUGACGAAACUUGUGGCUAUGUUGGAUGAGGUUGACAGGAGAUACAAGCAAUAUUACCAUCAAAUGCAGAUAGUUGUUUCAUCUUUUGAUGCAAUAGCAGGCUCUGGUGCAGCAAAGCCUUACACAGCUCUUGCCCUUCAGACAAUUUCUCGCCAUUUUCGCAGCUUAAGAGAUGCCAUUGGUGAUCAGAUUCGAUGCACACGAAAAAUCCUUGGUGAGCUAGAUGGAUCUACAGGCAAAGGAUGUGGAAUUUCUCGCCUUCGAUACAUUGAUCAACAGAUAAGGCAGCAGAGGGCCAUUCAACAGCUUGGUAUGAUGCCACAGCAUGCUUGGAGGCCACAGAGAGGGUUGCCUGAGAACUCUGUCACCAUUCUUCGAGCUUGGCUCUUUGAGCAUUUUCUUCAUCCCUACCCAAAUGAUUCAGAAAAGCUGAUGCUAUCAAAACAAACGGGCUUAACAAGAAGUCAGGUUUCAAAUUGGUUCAUCAACGCGCGUGUUCGCCUUUGGAAGCCAAUGGUUGAAGAUAUGUAUAAGGAAGAGUUUGGUGAGGCCGAGAUGGACUCGAACUCUUCCUCAGAUAAUGCAACCAAAUUUAGAGAUGAGUUUCAUUCUACCGACACUCAUGAGGACCAACCAAGCUCCGCAAGUGAGAGGAUCCAGGCGAAGCUAUCAAACAACGAAUCUAGUCCUAAUAUCAUGGCAGAAAUCAAUGUGGCUUGCGCAAAUCCUGGCUUCGAGAAUGAGCUACAAGACCAGAGACAGCAAAAUUCACCCUACAUCAAUCUUCUCCACAACGCCAUCCACCACUCAAGGUUCAUCAGUUAUCCGAUGACAGAGCUUUCGAGGUACGCAAAUGGAGUGUCACUGACACUGGGAUUGCAGCACUGUGAUGGCAACCUGCAAGACUCAGAAGACCAGCAAGGCUUCCUUCCAGUGAGAGGCGAGGAUAUAUACAAUGCAGCUCCUUUACUCGGGUUUGGCUCAUCGAAUCUGCUGCAUGAUUAUGUGGCUUGAUUCAUGUUUGUUGUAUGAUUUGUUGCAGUUGAAAAAGCUCUGUAAUGUGAAAGCAGUUCUACCAUUGUGUGUUAUGAUUGAAAUUGUUAGGAACAGAUAGAAGUGGAAAUUAGCAUUUGAUCAUUAGUCUGAUAUACUAGAAAUGGAGUGGGAUUUAUAUGAAGGAUAGCUUGUUGUAAAAAAAACAAAAUGAUAAUUGAUAAAUAUUUUUGUGAAAUAUGAUGAACAAAGUGUAAUUUUGUAUAA